GCAGGUGUUGGUGUGUCCGAGGUGUCUAGGGGAAAAUUUGCUGUGUGACACCAGAGGACAACAAUAACAGACACCAGGGUAAGGAGUGUACACAUAUGUGCACUCAAACAGGUAGAUACACACACACACACACAUACAAACACACUCUCACACACACACACACAUGCACAUUCAAAGUGAGAUAGACAUAGGGAGAGUGAGAGAGUAAAACUCCAAUCCACAUGUGAGCAAACUCAACUCUGGAGCUUGUGUUUUGAAGAGAUUAAAGAUGAGUGAGUCAAGCUCCAACAGUUGCUGCUCAAGGCUGAGAUCCUGCCCUAAGCCCAGAGGAUUUGUGUCCACAGUCAUCACCAAAGCGGUGAUGGGGGCUCUGGUGUUUGGUGUGGUUUGGGCCAUCACAGGUGUGGAGUGUCUGCCGGGGGCAAACCUGUUUGGUCUGGUCAUUCUGUUCCUGUGUGCGGUGUGUGGGGGCAAACUGGUGGGCCUCAUCCAGUUCCCAAACCUGCCCCCACUUCCACCACUGCUGGGUAUGUUACUGGCGGGUCUGGUCUUGAGGAAUGUUCCAUAUAUAACGGAUGCAGUUCGUAUUGAGCAAGCAUGGUCAUCUGCAUUGAGGAAUAUUGCCUUGGCUAUCAUACUGACCCGUGCUGGCCUUGGACUCAACCCUGAUGCCUUACGUCGCCUAAAGGGAGUGUGUGUGAGAGUAGCCGUGGGACCCUGUACUACCGAAGCUUGUACAGUUGCUGUGGUUUCUCACUUCCUCUUGGGAUUACCGUGGAUAUGGGGCUUCAUCCUGGGGUUCGUGCUGGCUGCAGUGUCUCCUGCUGUGGUGGUUCCCUCCAUGCUGUUGCUGCAGAAGGAGGGCUUUGGGGUGCAGAAGGGCAUCCCAACGCUACUCAUGGCUGCCGGCAGCUUCGACGACAUCCUGGCCAUCACCGGCUUCUCUACAUGCCUCGGCAUGGCAUUUGGCACAGGAUCCACCUGGUUUAACUUGCUGAAGGGGCUUCUGGAGGUGGUGGGUGGAAUAGUGGCUGGACUUCUGCUGGGACUCUUCAUCCAUUUCUUCCCCAGUGAUGACCAGGCCGAACUGGUCCAGCGGCGUUCCUACCUGCUGAUAGCCCUUUCUCUGUUCUCCGUGUUUGGGAGCCGGGCGGUGGGCUUCGCCGGUGCCGGGGGCCUCUGCACGUUGGUGCUCGCCUUCCUUGCUGGACUCAGCUGGGGCUCCGCAAAGGUCCCAGUUGCUGCUGUCUUGGCGGUGGCCUGGGACAUCUUUCAGCCCCUCCUGUUUGGCCUGAUCGGAGCAGAGAUCAUCAUCUCCACACUGAACCCCAGCACUGUGGGGCUGGGAGUGGCAGCACUGCUUGUGGGUCUUGUGGUUAGGGUGUGUAUAACAUACCUCACGGUUCUGUUUGCCGGCUUCAACCUAAAGGAGAAAAUCUUCAUCUCGCUUGCCUGGAUGCCCAAAGCCACAGUGCAGGCUGCAAUUGGCUCCACAGCUCUAGACCUGGCACGUGCGGAGGGCAAUGAGGUACUGGAGGAGUACGGGCUGCAGGUGCUGACCGUGGCAGUGCUGUCCAUCCUCAUCACUGCACCCAUCGGGGCUGUGGCCAUCGGCCUCGCCGGCCCUAGACUGCUGCAGAAAUACACCAGCAUGCCCGACGAGCAGCCAGAGAAACCAGAAGCAUCUGCAGCUCCUGAUGGCAAAGACAAUACAACCUUCGAAAGCAAACUAUAGAGAGAGAGAGAGAGAGAGAGAGAGAGAGAGAGAGAGAGAGAGAGUGCUAUGACUAGUUAUAUUAUUACUUUCCCUACUCAUAUUUAUAUGGUCACACAGACACUCAUGUGAUAUUUCUGCUCAAACAACCUGCAAGACAUCUGAAACAUCAAAGUGAUUACUUUUGAUAAAUGCUCUGAUUAAAGAAGGCAAAAUAUUGUUGGCAAAA